AUGUUGGCUGAUGUCGAAGAUGGCGUGAAGAAAGAAAAAAAGGCAUACAAGGAUGAACAGGGAAUAAGGGAACUGCUUGUAUUUCUCUCAGGAGUGGUGGGUCAGGAGGAGCUGCAAGUGAUCCAGCCUGAGAAGUCAGUAUUGUUUGCAGCAGGACAGACGGCCACUCUGCGCUGCCUCCUGAACACCCUGCUCCCUGUGGACACUGUCAAAUGGUUCCGGGAGGAGAUCUACAGUUUCCGAGGAGGCCACUUCCCCCGAGUGACAACUGCUUCAGAUGUCACCAAGAGAGACAACAUGGACUUUUCCAUCCACAUCCACAACAUCACCUCGGCUGACACUGGGACCUACUACUGUGUGAAGUUCUGGAAAGGGGACCCAGAUGACGAGAAGUUCAAGUCUGGAGCAGGAGCCCAGGUCACCCUGAGUGCCAGGUUUCCUGGAAACUGUCUUUUCUUAAUAAAGUAA